AUGAUUCAUUUAGUGUUUAUGAGUGCCUUAUUGGUAGAAGUACAGAGCUUCUUAAGACCCCAAUUGAGAAUUGUUGGAGGCUCAGGAAUAACUAUUGAAGACGUUCCUUAUCAAGUGUCCUUGCAAGAGGCAAAAAUACAUUUAUGUGGUGGUUCGGUUAUCGGUAGGAAACAUAUCCUAACAGCUGCUCAUUGUACAAUGUUCAGAGAAGAUAUCAGCCUAUUUACAGUUUUAACGGAAACCGAUGUCAAAACUGAAGGAGUAGAGACAAAAGUCAGUGAGGUUUUCAUUCAUCCGUAUUACAAAAACAACAAGGACUAUGAUGUUUCGAUUAUCGGAUUGGAAAAACGAUUGGAUUUCAACGAAAGAUGUCAACCAAUUGCAUUACCGCGAGCAAGUGAAGAAGUCUGUAAUAAUGCUUUAAUGUUAGCUUCUGGUUUUGGUAAUCUUGGUUUUAAUACAACGAAUGAUAGCGGAACGCUAAGAGCCGUUACCGUGCCUAAAGUUGCAGAUGGUAGAUGCUUUGAAGCUUACUACCAUGACGGUGGUAUCACGGCAAGGAUGUUUUGUGCUGGUUUCGAAGAAGGUGGAAAGGGUGUUUGCAUGGGGGAUUCUGGAGGACCUCUGGUUAGGAAUGGAAUACAAUACGGUAUUGUAUCUUGGGGAGAAAACUGCGCUGAGGCUCAUUUUCCUGGAGUAUAUACUCGUAUUGCAUCACCGCCAAUUCGGGAUUGGAUUAAAAACACUGUUAAUAUUUAA